AUGUGUGGAAUCUUCGCGUGUCACCAUCACCCCGAUGUGCAAAAAUUUAAGCCCACGGCUUUGCGCAUGGCCAAGGCCGUGCGCCACCGUGGUCCCGAUUGGAGCGGUAGCUUCAUUGGCGAUAACACAAGUGAGUUGAGCAAGAUCGGCGAUCGCCACUCCGGUGCCCAGCCCCUUGUCAACGAUGACUCCUCCCUCGCUCUCGCCGUUAACGGCGAGAUCUACAACCACCGUAUCCUGCGGAAAAACCUGAAGACCAAGUAUAACUUCAAGACUCACUCCGAUUGUGAGGUCGUAAUUCCUCUGUAUAUGGAGUACGGCAUUGAUGCCCCCAAGCACCUCGAUGGCAUGUUCUCCUGGGUCCUCUGGGACAAGAAGCAGGACCGUGUUGUUGCUGCCCGUGACCCCAUUGGUAUCACCAGCUUCUACCUCGGCCGCUCCUCCACCACCCCCGGCGCCGUCUACUUCGCUUCCGAGCUCAAGUCUCUGCACCCGGUCUGCGACGACAUCAUUGCCUUCCCUCCCGGCCAUGUCUACGACUCCAAGACCGACAAAUUGACUCGCUACUUCGAGCCUAAGUGGUGGGAUCCCACCAACGUCCCCACCACCCCCGUCGACUACAAGGUGCUCCGUCACAGCCUGGAGAAGGCCGUUCGCAAGCGUCUGAUGGCCGAGGUUCCCUACGGUGUUCUGCUGUCCGGUGGUCUAGACUCCAGUCUGGUCGCCUCCAUUGCCCAGCGUGAGACCCUUCGCAUGCAGGAGGCCUCCCGCAAGGCCACCAAGGCCGAGCUCGCCGCCGCCGCCGAGCUUGUCGGUAUCGACGACGAGAACGAGCUUUCCACCGUCACCACAUUCCAGCAACUGCACUCCUUCUCCAUCGGUCUGCCCGGAGCCCCCGACACCGCCGCCGCUAUGGACGUGGCCAAGUUCCUGGGAACCAAGCACCACGCCUUCACCUUCACCGUCGAGGAUGGCCUGAACGCCCUCUCCGACGUGAUCUACCACCUGGAGACCUACGACGUGACCACCAUCCGCGCCUCGACCCCUAUGUACCUACUCAGCCGUAAGAUCAAGGCCAUGGGUGUCAAGAUGGUUCUCUCCGGCGAGGGUAGCGACGAGAUCUUCGGCGGAUACCUGUACUUCCACGCCGCGCCUAACCGCGACGAGUUCCACAAGGAGACCGUCCGCCGCGUGAAGAACCUGCACUUGGCCGACUGCCUGCGCGCCAACAAGUCCACCUCCGCCUGGGGUCUGGAGGCUCGUGUCCCCUUCCUGGACAAGGAGUUCCUCGAGACGGCCAUGGGCGUCGACCCCGCCGAGAAGAUGAUCACCAAGGGGCGCAUUGAGAAGUAUAUCAUCCGCCGCGCCUUCGACACCACCGACGAGCCCGACGUCGAGCCCUACCUUCCUGAGAAGAUCCUCUACCGCCAGAAGGAGCAGUUCUCCGACGGUGUCGGCUACAGCUGGAUCGACGGUCUCAAGGACGCCGCCGAGGCCCACGUUACUGAUGAGAUGAUGAAGAACCCUAAGCCUGAGUGGGGCUCUGAUAUCCCCGAUACCAAGGAGGCCUACUGGUACCGCACGAUGUUCGACGAGCACUUCCCCCCUUACUGUGCUGGUACCGUUGAGCGCUGGACCCCUACCUGGUCUAAGCAGACUGAUCCCAGUGGUCGGUGA